CAGGGCAUUGCAGCAUGCAAAGGCCUUUCUGUAACCCACAAUGCACCUACAGGAAGCUACGCUAACCACGGUCCAUCUCUACAGCUUCCUGAGUGUGAUCUACCGUUUCAUUCCUACAACUUCAAACAUCAAAAUGAGGACACUGUGUCUGAUUAUGCUUCUUCAUGCAAGUCUUCAGCUGGAGUGUGAUAAACGGGACAUCACAGCACACAUCGGAGGAGAAUUCAUUCUCAUCUGCAAGUAUGACGCAAGCCGGUACCUGUACAGUAAAAAGUACUGGUGCCGAGGGGAUUCUAGAAGAACCUGUGAGAUUUUGGUAGAUUCGGAAAGAAAAAGUAAAAAUACACACAGGGCUCACAUAGUAGAUGCAGGAAAAAGAGGACUGAUUGUUAAAGUCACAGAUCUCCAACUCGAUAACAAUGGAGUAUACUGGGUUGGGAUAGACAAAGUGCAUUCUGACAUCAUGACUUCAGUUAAUGUGGUCAUCACUGAAGUUCCAGUAUCUGAACCCAGUCUUCAGCCCCUGGGCUCUCUGGUGGACAGGCAGACAUGUUGGGGUCACCCAGUGACCGUGCGCUGUGGUUGUGCAAAGGGCACUGGCGUUCGUUACGCCUGGUACACACACUACAAGGAUUUUCUGCUUCACACCUCGUCAGACUUGUACUUACACUGUGGCACCGUGAAACCGGACAGCGACUAUUACUGCAUUGCCAGUAAUGACAUAAGCAGUCAACGGAGUGGUACACUCUCUGUGCGGGUUCUGCUGCCUGCAUACAACAGCUGUAUCUACGUCAUUCAUAUGCAGGGCCAACCCAUUUAUGACUGCGAUGACAGAAUGAGCACCAGCACGGCCAUGACUACGUGCCAAGCUCGUGUCCAAUCGGACACAGGAAACCAGUCUUUACUCAUCAAUCAAACUAAUCAAGAUAUGUUUUUCAACAGAGAAUGGACAGGAAUGCCUUUGUGGUAUACAUUGCUGCGUUGGGGUUCUUUUGUUUCCUUACUGAUAUUUCUGUGCGCAGUACUCAAAUGUGCCAAGAAGAAGAGGAGAGUUCAUGUGAGGCGAACGCCCCAGUUGGUCUAUUGA